GACCUCACCUGAAAGACAUGACUCCCAUGUGGCUCUUCCUCUUCCUGCUGUCAGCUCCCAGAUGUGUCCUGUCCCAGGUGCAGCUGCAGGAGUCGGGCCCAGGACUGGUGAAGCCCUCGCAGACCCUCUCCCUCACCUGCACUGUGUCCGGGGGCUCAGUCACCAGCAGUAGCUACUGGAACUGGAUCCGCCAGCCCCCGGGGAAAGGGUUGCAGUGGAUGGGGUACUGGUCAGGGGGCAUAAGCUACAACCCAGCCUUCCAGGGCCGCAUCUCCAUCACUGCUGACACGGCCAGGAACCAGUUCUCCCUGCAGCUGAGCUCCGUGACCACAGAGGACACGGCCGUGUAUUACUGUGUGAGACACAGUGAGGGGAA